AUGUGUACGAUCCACACUGACCAAAAGUGGUGUUUCUACUGCGACACCUGCGACACUUUAAUCUGCUCAAUGUGUGCAACAUUAGAUCAUCGGUCGGCAGAGAACAAUCUGCUAAAGAUUGAUGACACUAUCAGGUCCUUCCGCAGUGAGGUUGAUAACAUACUGCAGAAGUUCGAGAAGUGCAGGCAGCGCUUCAAAUCUACUGAAAACUCAAUCGAACAUGCACAAAAAAGAUUACAAAACAAACUAGCUCAGGCUCGUAGUGAUAUCGAUGCAAAAGCGAAGGCAGAGAUCACUAAAAUCAGAAACAAAGCAAAGCUUCUCACUGACAAGGUCGACAAAAUCGGUCAAGAGAGAGACAAUGAGUACGAAAAGGCGCUCAUGCACAACCGUGACCAGAUGGAACGCGCAGAUCAGACCAUCGCAGCUGUAAAUGACUUGAUGAGACAAGCCGAUGAUUUCGAGCAUUUGGAGCUCAAGCCGAAGGUGAUGCACAACUUGGAAUUCCAGAAGGAGCUCAAGUUUGAACCAGUGAAUCAUGGUCCGUCAUUCAUCGGUGUCAGAUUUCAAGACGUUGUGAGUGAUGCAGAGCUUGGGGAGGUCUGUGUCAGCGAAAAAUGGCAGUUAAAGGGAGAGUUCGGCAAAGAAGUCGCUCAGGGAGAUGCUAGCAAUCAGUUGGAAGCUCCUUUUGGUGUUGCUGUGACCCAUGAUGAUCUGCUUUUCGUCACGGACAAAAAGAAAGUGAAGGUGUUUGAUACUGAGCUCCACUUUGUUCGCAAGUUUACACCUUCGGCUGACGAUGCCGAUGGGCGAUCAGAGAGUUACCUCACUGCUGUUGCUGUUGACAGUCAGCGAGUAGCAGUCGCUGACAAGGGGAGAAAGGUCAUCAGUGUCCACAACCUGGACGGAUCGUUGAUUGCAAGCAUCUCAAAUAAUAUGGUCGAACAUUUCUUGACAAUAAGCAGUUUAGGCUGUUUAGUCCUCACAAACCUCCAGGGCCAAAGUUUGCUGUGCGUUAACUUUGAAGGUAAAGAGAUGUACAAUGUCAAGACAUUAGUGAAUGGCGAAGCUGCUAAGCCAACUGGUGUCCUGUGUGAUGAUGAUGAGACCAUCUAUGUCGCUGUUCAUUACGGAAGAAGCAGAGUUGAUGAAGUGCAGCGAUACGAUUCAAAUGGUGCAUUCGUAGCAACAGUAGCUCAAGGGUUGUACAAUCCGAUAGAAAUGGCAUUCACCCCGCUGGUGACGUAG